AAAAUAAAAAAAUUGAAUAUAAUAUAUCCUGGUUUCCAUUAUUUGAAAAGGGGAAAAAAUAAUAAAGAAAAAGAUUUAUCUUUUGGUUGAUCAGAAAAAUUUUCACAAUAUCGGAAUUGAAAUCUAAUUUCACCAAUAAUUUUGGGGCACAUCAAAUCAAAGUCUGCUUCGAUUAACGCAAAACCCUAGAGGGAAUUUAUCAAGAUGAUCCCAGUUUGCCCUUUUGCUGGAGCUUCCAGACCCGAUGAUGCAACUCUUAAUAAACCAUAUGACGAAAAUAAACAACAGGCUCAAGAGAGCAAGCCUAAAAAAGAAUCUGGAGAAGUUGCUACGGUGUCACCUAAAUGCCCCUUUGGAUAUGAUUCAACUCUUAAGAAACCUUGUGACGACCAAAAUAAACAACAGGAUGGCCAGGAGAGCAAGCCUAAACAAGACUCUGGAGAAUCUGCAACUGUGUCACCUAAGUGCCCCUUUGGAUAUGAUGGCCAGGAGAGCAAGCCUAAACAAGACUCUGGAGAAUCUGCAACCGUGUCACCUAAGUGCCCCUUCGGAUAUGAUGGCCAGAAGAGCAAGCCUAAACAAGACUCUGGAGAAUCUGCGACAAUGUCACCUAAGUGCCCCUUUGGUUAUGAUUCUCAAGCAUUUAAACUGGGUCCUUUUAGCUGCAUGAUAUGUCAAGCACUUCUUUAUGAGAGCAGCAGAUGUGUGCCCUGUUCACAUGUAUUCUGCAAGGCAUGUCUCUCCCGCUUUAAGGACUGUCCAUUGUGUGGUGCUGAUAUUGAAAAGAUUGAGGCCGAUAUGAAUCUUCAGAAUGUUGUCGAUCGCUUUAUUGAAGGGCAUGCAAGGAUUAAGAGGUCUAAUAAUGAGCAAGAAGAUAUAGUGGAAAAGAAAACUGUUAUAUACGAGGAUGCAUCUUUGGAGCGUGGAGCUUUCCUGGUUCAACAAGCCAUGCGGGCUUUUCGUGCCAAUAAUAUUGAUAGUGCAAAAUCAAGAUUUACUAUGUGUGCAGAUGACAUCAGAGAACAGCUUCAGAGAAUGGGGAAUACAUCAGAGUUGUGCUCACAGCUCGGAGCAGUUCUUGGUAUGCUUGGUGACUGCAGUCGAGCUACAGGAGAUGCUGUAUCUGCAGUCGCUUACUUUGAAGAGAGUGUCAAUUUCCUUUUGAAAGUACCCAAAGAUGAUGUAGAGAUCACACAUACACUUUCUGUUUCACUAAACAAAAUUGGAGAUCUUAAAUACUAUGCCGGUGAUUUGCAAACUGCCAGAUCUCAUUAUUUUCGGGCGUUGGAUGUUCGCCGCAAUGCCAUCAAGCAACAGUCUGUGCCAUCUCAGGUAGUCGAUGUAGCCAUUUCCUUAGCCAAAGUUGCUGAUAUCGAUCGAAAUCUCGGGGAUGAGGAUACUGCAGUUGAAGGAUUUCAAGAAGGCAUAAAGUUACUGCAAUCCCUUGAACUAAAACCCGAAGAAGUUAGCCUUGAACAACGGCGGCAAUCAGUGCUCGAGUUCCUCAACAGCCAACUUGAAAAGAACGAAACUUAACUCAGCUGCCCGAAUGAAGUCCUUUCCUACAUAGUUAAGGACGAAUAAGAACAAUGUGUGUUCUCUCAUAUAGUUUGGUGUAAACACUAGAUGCUCGGUUCAGAGGCAACCUGAGAUAAACUUCGAUGUAAUCGCCGUAGAAUAAGUGAGAUUUUUAAUAGUAAUAUGCCUGUGGCAAAGUCAAUAUAGUCCUAUGUUCCAAAAUCUCAGUAUCUUGUGUAUGUAUCUUUACCACAAGUUGACAAUAUUAUUAAGUUAUUGGAGGUUUAUGACAAUGUUAUAAAAGUA